AUGAUGUCAUCUGCUGUUUCAGGUGUGAGUGAAGCAGAAGUGAAUGAUGUGUUCAUCAGUUCUGGUGAAAGUGUGUCUCUGUCCUGUAAUGAUGCUCUUCAUCAAUGCUCCUCAACUACAUGGAUCUAUAAUAAUUAUACAACAUCAUCUACAGUAGAAGUGUUUACUGGAGGAAUAAAUCGGAAUAACACUGAAAGAUCUGAGAGACUGAGUCUGACAUCUAACUGCUCUCUCAACAUCUAUAAAACAACACAACAUGAUGCUGGAAGUUACAUCUGCAUACAAUAUGUGAAUGGACGUCUACAUGGACCUUAUUCACAUGUUUUUCUACAUGUUCUUCAUGUGUCUUCAUCAUCAUCAUCAUCAUCACAGACUGAGAUAAGAGCAAACACAUCUGUCACUCUCUCCUGUCAGCUGUUUUCAUAUGACUGUGAUCAUGUGUUCAGUUAUUAUGAAUACCAGCUGGUGUGGAUGAAUCAGACUGAUGUUGAUCUACAGACAGACUCCAGAUAUCAGAUUAGAUCAGAUGAACUCUGUCUCAUCUCUCUGACUACAACACUCGUGAAUGAAGACGACAACACAGAGUUGAGAUGUGUGCUCAAACACAAGAAUGACAUCAAGACCUCAGUCACAUAUACUGUCAGAUUUACAGAUUCAAACAAGAUUCUAGUGACCACCACAAACCCUGAGAGAUUCUCAACUCAUAACACACCAGAAACUACACAACAACAAGGUAUAUCAUCGGCGUUUGUGUGUGUGUGUGUGUUUGUGUGUGUGUGUUUGUGUGUGUGUGUGUGUUUGUGUGUGUGUGUGUUUCCACAUUAUGACUCAUCUAAACUAAAACUAAACUUUGUUUUUUACAGCAUCAUCUACAACAUCAAUAAUAAUAAGAGGUAUGAAGUGUUGAUUGUGAUCCAUGUGUCCUGUUACAUAAGUACAUGA